CGCAGCGUAAGGGCAAAAGGGGGGAUUUUCAACCCCCUUCUCCUUGCCGUCCUUCGAACCUCUGAGAUGACGCCAGUCGCUCGUCAAGAAGUUCUUGGCCUUUACCGCAAGAUAUUCCGAAUAGCCCAAAAAUGGCAAUCAGCAUCCGGGCAGAUGGAAGAGACCGUGAAAGAAAAACAAUAUAUUAUAAAUGAAGCUAAAACAUUAUUCCAAAAGAAUAAAAAUAUAACAGAUCCCGAGUUGAUUAAACGAUGUAUAGAAGAGUGCAACGCGAGAGUAGAGAUAGGACUUCACUACAGCAACCCAUAUCCAAGGCCGAUCCAUCUGCCUCCCAUGGGACUCGCGCAACAGCAAGGGCGUACGUUUCGACAUCAAGAAAAGCUGAGAAAACUUUCCAAGCCAAUCUACUUGAAAUCGUACGAUGAAGUUUCAUAACCCAGUAUCAGACUGUAGCCAAUAUCAUCCUGGACUAUUUAGCAAAUACAUUUCACACCCACAAUGAUAAACGAAACUGCUGUGGUUAGCACUCGCUGACACCUUCCUCAAGGCCAGGAACCCGCUUGAUCCCAAGCAGAUGAUGAGUAAGGAUAUACUAAAACUGUCGUGUCUUUCUUAAGAGUCAACAGAUGACUCAUCAAUAAAAGGAAGACAUUUUGUGGUCAAGUAAAAUGUGAUACAAAAAGCAAAGUCUAACAGGGCUGAUGUUGUGUUGUAAAUCAGCCUUCCCCAACUUCAACUCAGUACCCUCCAGACUAAAACUUCCGAAACCCCAACCAGCAGGCUAGCUGGGAAUGAUGGGAGAUGUAGUCUAACAUAACUGAAGGGCACCAGGUUGGAGAAGAUUGUUGCAGAUGGAUACAUUGCACUGUCAAUAUUACCAAGUCUUCAAAUUACUCUUCAAAGUUCUGUUCACUCUGAGGAGACAUUGAGGCUGCAAUCCUAUACUUACUUACUGGGGAAGAAGUCCCAUUGAAGUCAGUGGAGCUUACUUCUGAGUCGGGAAGGAAGGAAUCUGUCUGUUUUGCACAUCUUGUUUCUGUAUGAAUUUGUGAUUUAUUUAUUUUUAAAAAAAGUCUAAACCAAGAAAGAUGUCAACCUUCAAUAAGAAGCACCAAAUGAAUCAAUAUGGACCCUCAAAACGAAUCAAUAUGGACCCAUUGUUCCGUUUGGUGGUUUCUAAAAAGUCUACACAGAAAUUUGUAUGCAUAUUCUGUGUGCGAUUUCCCUUACUAUAUGCAAUUAUUUGCAAGCAUCUGUACCCAAUAUAUACCGUUUUGUAUGCCAUUUCCCCUAAUGUAGGGAUGUUUUGAUGGGAGAAUUGCAUAACAAAAUUCGGGAACGUUUGAAAACCGAAGGAGAAUUGCAUUCCAGUUUGUGUAUUAGCUUGCACGGUGCAAAUUAAGUUAGUAAACCAAACAAAUUUUGCCCCUAAUCCCUACUUCCAGAUAAGUAUGUAUAGGAUUGCACAGGCAAAGUGCUUUUGAAGACAAGGGUGCUGUUUGUCACGAAUUUAUGAGUUUCUGAAUCCCGGCAACACUUUUCAAAAUGGACAGUUGCUCCUGGAGCAAGUUGCUGGGUUUCCCCACCUCCCGCAAGACGCACCAAGAUGACAUUGUCUCUAGGUGACAUGGCAAUAAUGUAGGUCCACCAAAUCUUCUUCAUUUGAAAAUAGGGCGAUGCAUGCUGCCUCUACUUCUCCAAGAUUUUCCAUUGUACAGUAAGAAACUUGCGUCAAUAAGUCCAGGAUCCUUUUUGCAGGCAUCUUGAAAGCGCAAGAGUUGUGCUCAUCUGUCCUUUCAGAGAAUGUCUAUGCAGCAGAGACCCAAAGACCUGUUCAGGUCAGGGAUCGAGCAAUGCGUUUUUGCUCAGCCUUUGUGGAAUCAACUUCAACGUGGGGGGUUAGUCUCCAUUCAAUCCCUGCUUUUGUCGCCUUAAAUUUGGCCCAUCCAUUCACCACUUAAGAUAUGUAUUAUCCUUCAGCCACACUUGGAUGUGCAGGUACAUAAAUCCCCAUCUUUAUGUAAUGUGUCUGAAUAUGCUAAAUAACCUCAAAUACUCAGCAGAGUCUACAUAGGGCAAGUGAGUUGGUGUGUUAAGGUAUCGCACAGCCUGAUUAGUUGAGUCAAUAUUACCAAGUGGGUAUGGCAUAAACACAGGGGUUUAACACCCCAAUUUCUGCAAACGACUCACUUGGUGGCCCCAGACAACUGUUGAACAUUCAAAGAUGAAGCAGCCUCCAAAACAAUUGACUCUUGGGAAAAUAUAACUUCGUUUUCUUUCUUGUU